GAAUAAUCAAUGGUUCACAGCCCAGAAGGGCUUCGGUUUCUACGUUUCACGGACAUUUUCCUUUGUGCAUGUUUCUCCUGUUGUAGUUUUUGCGAUAGCAAAAUUGAUUCGAGACGCAGAUACAUUUAAUUUUGGAAUAGAAUUAAUCUGAAAAAGAAUAAAACGGGAGCAGAAGUGAAAUCUUGAAUACGCAAUAUCUAAGUGACGCCGGCCAGCUUAAGCCUUGGAGUCUUAAAAUCUCCAAAGGCCCACAGGCAUACACGAGACUAAGGUAAGAGUCCCAUGAGACAUUCUCAACAAUAAUAUAUAUAUAUAUAUAUUUUUAUAAAUGAUACAUGAAAUUCCGUGACAUCUUUUGUUCAAAGUUCUACAGAUUGGUACGCAGUAAUAUUUAAUAAUAUUACAAUGUUAACCUCAAAUAUUCAUAAAAAUCUUUCAAUAAACUGGGAGUCAGUAUAGUCAGUCAAUAAUUAAUAACAUAUCAUGAAAGAAUUGUGAAAUUUAAACCCUUUUUAAUGUGAUUGGAAAUUUUUGUUUUAAUGCACAUUAAUCUUAAUUCUCUGCAUUAUUUUGUAUAUGAUAAUAAUUCACAAAACAUUCAAAAGUAUAUGUGUUAUAUACAGUAUAUAUAGUUCUAUAUUAAUGUACAGCUUUACUGCAUUGAUGUAGGACUAAAUUUCAAAUAUUAUUUUAUUUAUAAUUUACAAAUUACAAACAUUUUAUAUUACUGACAUAUAUAUAUAUUUCAUAUUAUAUAUUCAUAAUUACUAGGUAUUACAUUUAACACCAAAAUCUGUAAUAGAUUUGUUGUGCAAAAUUUUCUUUUUAUUGUUUUUUAAUAUGGUUUUGAAUUCUAGUUUAAACAAAUUUUAAAAACGACUUCUCAUGUAUUAAGCUCUAAAAAUAAAUAUAUUGGUAUAAAUAUGAAUUAAUACUGUGUGGUUGCUUUAUAUAAUAAUAGUUUAUAAAAUAUGACAUUGACAUCAGUUAAUAAACUCAAAUUCAGCUUUUAAAUAUUAUUACUUCAAUCUGUAAAUGCAUUAGUGAUAUACUAUUGAAUUUUGGUGUAUGUUUGCAAAUAUUAAAUAUUUUUAUUUUAUAGUAUUCGUAGACAAUUACUUUAUAGUUAAAGAAUUUAUGUUUAUAAACAUGGUUUUAGUUUUAAUUAAUUUCUCGCUCUCAUAUUUGUAACAUCUUUAUUAUUAUCAUCAAAUCUAUAAAUUAUAUUAAUUUUUUUAUUAUUAAUGACAGUCUGCUAUACAUUUAUAUUAUAUUUAUAUUAUUUUGUAUAUAAACUAUAAAUGACAUGAUAGAAAGUUAAAUGAUUUUUGUUCUAUAUAGUUUCACUUACUUAGUAUGAUGAUAAAUGUACAAAUACUUUAGUUUCUCUUUUCCUAAAUUUUUCCUCUUCCCUUUAUUCUUUCUUUCUCCAUGCCCAAAAGACAUUCUUACAGGUUGAAAGUCCGUUCGUUAUAGUUUCUAGUGCAGUACAAAACGGUUUGCGGUUUACCGGUAUUUCUUAGUUUGUGUUGUGUUCGAGUUGAAAGUUUAAAACGUAAAAUAAAAAGUUCGGGCAAGAAAUCCUGAAAAUUAACAGUAUGUAUUGUAAAUGUGAAAAAGUUCAGUUUAUGUAUAAAGUACAAAAGUUGUUAGUAAAAAAAAGUUAUCAACGUGAUAUAAAAAGUAUGUUCGACACAGUAUGGAUUGCUCGCGUUGUGCCUUCAAGAGCAAGUACUGCACAGGCUCUUAUUGAUACAGGUAAGCCCUGUGAUGCUACUGAUGCAGAUUUUUCAGUGCUACAUUUGGUCGGUUCGGCUAAAAAAUUCACUUCUCAAGUUAGAAUAGUUCAUCAUGUCAGACUCUGGUUCAGAAAGUUCCUCUUCGGAGGGUUAUGAUGGAAGGAGAGAUCGUGUUGCAUCUGCUGACAAUGUGGCAUCACCAAACUUCUCACACCAUUCAUCUGUAUCUGGACGUAAAUCUAGAGCAAGUUCUAUAUCUUCAAGAGAGAAGUCACCUGGAUCUAUUAUAUCAGAAAGAGAUUUAAAAUCCCCAAGAUAUACACCAAUAUCUCCAAAAUCUCAAAGAUCUGGUUUAGCAUCUCCUAGUGAAGUGGGUUCUCCAAGAUCAACUCGUAGUUUAUCAAAAUCACCACCUACUUCACCAAAAUCAUAUCAUUCAGGAAACAAUUCUUUGGAUUCGCCAAGAACUGAUCGCAGUUUGUCUCAUUCUCCUAUGCAAGAUGAGAGAUCAUGCCCAUCUAGUCCCCAUGAUUCUAAAUCUUUACAUCUUGAAGAUACAGAACCUAAACAAUUUGAACUGGAAGUAGAUGCACAAAGAUCUGGAGACAAUUCCCUUAAAUCUUAUUCCUAUAAAAAUAGUGAAUCGAGACAAAGUUCACCAAAAUCACCAAGGUCUGGACGUAGCUCAGCAAAAUCAUUAAUGUCUGGAAGAAGUUCUCCAAAAUCAGGUCCAGCAUCUCCUAUGGAUGAUCAAGAGUCAGAAAAGCAUUCUCCACCUCAUUCUCCACCACAACAUAUAAAAACUUCAUUUAAUGAAUUGGACGGGGAACAAAUUUCAGAUGGAGAUAUCGAAGAUGAACCUGAAUCAAUAACUAAAUCAAAACCCACUCCAAUUACACAUGGUGAAGAUUUAUCAGAUGUUUCUGAUCUAGAAAGUAUAGAUGGAGUUGAUGGUACUAUUGAACAUGAAUCAAUACUCAAAGAAAAUCAACAAAAUGAAGAGAAACGUAUGAGUAAUGAUAAAAUAGAAAAAGAAGAUAAACAUGCACCAGUUGGAUUAACAGAGGAAAGCGAACAACUAGAUUUUGAAGCUGAUGGUCAAUGGAAAGAUGAACGUGAUGAAGGUGAAGUAGAAGGACCAAUUAUUAAAGAAAGUAAAGACAAAGAUGAUAAAGAUGGAAAAGACAAAGAUAAAGAUAAAUUAAAAUCAAAAGAAGGUGGUGAUGCUAAUGAUAAGGAAGAGGGAGAAGAGGAUGGGGAAAAAGUAGAAUCAGAAUUAGAAGAAGGAGAGCUUAGUGAUGGUGAUGAUGUUCGACCAGAAGAAACAGAACCAAGACCUGUUUGUCGCUUUUAUAACCGAGGACAAUGCACAUGGGGAGUUAGUUGUAGAUUUUUACAUCCAGGUGUAACUGACAAGGGAAACUAUACAAUGUUUGACAUGGUACGACCAAUGGCAUAUCCACCACAUGCAGCUACUCCACACGAAUUUAGGCCGCAUAUUGAAAGGCCAAAUAUGGUGCGACCAUUACCUGGAUAUGGAGCACCAUCACAUACACCAAAAGUAGAAGAUCUUCCUGCUGAAUCUGCAUGGGAACGUGGAUUACGACAUGCUAAAGAAAUGAUGCGCAAAGCAAAUAAACGCAAGGAAUCAGAUAUGGACUUCGAAGAAAAGAAGAUGAAUUUAAGUUUAGGACAAGAUGAAUUAGAUAGAGAAGCAGGAUAUUAUGUAAGAGCAGCUAGUCCAGAACCACCUGUUGAAAGAUGGCCUCCUAGAGAAGCACCUAGAAGAAUACCACCACCAAGGCUUACACCAGAAAGAUAUAUUGAUGAUCCUGAUACUUAUUAUGCACCACCAGCAGCACCACCAGAAUAUUAUAGGAGAGUACAUUAUAAAGCAGACUCUCGAGUCACUGCUGAAUAUAGGGAACGUAUCGAUUAUCAUGCAAUUCCUCGUGGAACACCUCAUUCUGUUUCUCCACCACCACAUACUAGAGAAAGAGAGAGAGAAAGAGAACGUGAGCGUGAACGCGACAGGGAACGAGAAUAUUAUGAGAAAUAUGAGAAGAAACAUAAACGUCCAUCAAGGGAAGUCAUAGUAGAACGUAUUCCACCGACGAAACCUUGGCGAGAGGAAGAACCACCACCAGAAGAAAGAAGUAGAGGAGAUGAGUGGGCGGAUCCUUGGAUGCGCCGGAAAUCUCCAAGUACGAUACGUCGAAAUACAUCAUCUCGACGAUCACGAAGACAGUCGUAUUCUUCAGGUUCUUCAUAUACGUCCACAAGCUCUAGCCGUAGCUCAAGCCGCUCUAGCUACAGUUCUUACGACUCCCUAUCCAGGUCCCGAUCACCAUCCCCUCCUUCUAGAACCCGUGGUGCUGGCAAGGGGAAAGCAGUGGUGACAUCGCCACCUCCUAAUCCGCCAACGGUUGCAGCUGCUGCACCUCCGCGUGGUGCCAUGUUAAUGAAUCCACCUGCCCCUUCUCCUCGUCCACCUAAAGGUUCUAUUUCCCCUACAACUGGUACGCUUCACCGACGUGCUGGUCUCAAUCCACCUGCACCGAGUCCGCUUUCUUCCCAUCAACGUCAUCACGAAAAGGCAAGAGACAAAGCAGCGAUAGCUGCGGCUGCAGUAGCUAAAGUUAUUAAAAGUCGAUCUCGAUCGAGGUCAUCACACAGUAGUUCAGGUUCAGAAAGCAGCGGUAGCAGUACUGAUUCUAGCGAGUCAAGUUAUUCCUCUUCUUCCAGUGAAACACGUCGAAGGAAAGGCUCGACUCCACCAGUAACGCGAAAGGAUUCCAAGGGUAUUGAUGCCUUAAAACUUAGUGGUACUAAGCAACAAAUCAAGCUUACAUUAAAACCACCAAACAAUACUACAACAGUUAAAAAAGUUGACCGAUCUACUUUAAUGGCUGGAAAGAAAAGAGGUUUAGAAUCACCACCGUUAAUUGAUAGUAAAGCAAGCGUUGCUGCAGCUGCAGCUAAAGCAGCAAAGAAAGCUAGUUCACGACGAGAAGAAUUAUUAAAGCAACUCAAAGCCGUGGAAGAUGCAAUUGCGCGUAAGAGAUCAAAAGUUUAAUAAUGCAGUAUACAUUAUUUGUCAUUUUGUAUACAUACAUACAUAGACACAAAUAUUUCUUAGAUAUAUAUAAUUAGCUGCUACAAAGUAACAUGCGAUAUGAAAAUAAAAUGAAAAAUUCAUAUCAGGGCAAAAGCAUUUCUAAUUUCGCAAAUUUUUCUAAUCACAAUGUCAAUAUUUAACUUCUUUUUUUCAUCAGCAUGUAAACCAACAUACAAUGUUAAAUAUAGUACUGUGUCAUUAUAACUUCUUCAUUAUUGAAAAUUUAAAAACUAUUUGUGCUUAUAUGUGUACACACGUACACAUAUGCCUGUACGCGAAUGUAUAUGUAAAGACAAGCCGUACUUUGUUUCUAAGAAUUAAAUGAUCAGAGUGAUUCUUAUAAGUAGGGUAAAAAUAAACAAGAUAUCGUUUUAAACUGCCAAAUACACGUAAAUAAAAACAAACGUGUAAUUUAUUUGUAUAUGAAUGAAAGAUUCUGUUGAAAUAUACAAUAUAUCUAUGAUCAUA